CUCUCGCGCGCUGAUUGGACGGACACAGCAGGCUCAAAUUAAACGAGCUGUAAACACCCCGAGGUGAGUGUGGCAGCAAUGAACCGACCAGCAGGUUUUGGUGGCCCUUCCUCAUCCAUGAGCUUCUCCACAAGGAUUACAGAAAAUGGAUGUUCACCCUCAGAUCUAACCGAGGAAGACAUAGACCAUCUACGGAUUGAGCUUUCAAAGAUGGAGGAUGAAAUCGAGACUCUGCGGCAGGUGCUUUUUGUCAAAGAAAAAUACGCAGCAGACAUCAGGAGGCAGCUGGGCUUGAGCCCCCUCAGUAACCUCAAACAGAACCUGUCCAAAGGCUGGCAUGAGGUCCAGACCUCAGCCCCAUAUCUGUCAGCCUCUGCCACUUUGGACGACAUCAGCCACUCAGACGUAUAUGUGAGGACACGAGAGGGUCUGUCUCACGCAGGCCAGGUGACAACUUCUGCUCUGUCCAGUGUGGGCAUGGUCAUCACCAGCAGACUGGCAGCAAUGAGAGCUCUGCCUCUCCCGAGCCCACCACGCUCCCUGAGCCAGAACAUCAGUGUGCCGACUAUGAGACAUUCCUCCACGUUUAAGUCUUUUGAGGAAAUGGUCGGCAAUGUGAAGGAGAAGGUGACUGGCAGUCUGACAAAUAAUGGGGACACCUCUGGAUUUGAACAAAGAUCCUCACGCAACAACACAUAUCAAUGAACUGUGUUUCAUACCAUGUUAAGUUAUGUAAGAAUGAUAUUUUGCUCACUUGUCUCUGUCAAUUUCUUCAGUUACUUCUGACCGUUGUAUUAAUACAAUAUGACAAAUAGAACGUAUUAUGUAAAAGUUAAAUAUAAAAAUAGUCUUUUAAUAUGUCAGGUGUUAUAUUUCUACAUGUUGGAUACAUUUAAGAUUCAUCUAUUUUGAACUGUGAGUGCAGUGAACAUAUUUUCCCAAAUAAGCAUUCAUUGACAAUAAUUGUGGCAUUUUACAAAACAGAAUAUCACAACAAGUAUUUUUGUACUGUGAAUUUUUUUUCAAUUAAAGUCAAUCGAAUGGUG